AUGGCUUCCGGAGCUGAGAAAUGCAGUUCAAGAAGCUCGAAGGUUGAUGAGUGGUACGAGCAGCCAGCAGCCACAAUUGUGGAUUGGGUAACGAUAGAUGGGCAGAGCGUUGGUGCCUGGAUCAACCUCGUGAAGCAACUCCACAUGGAGAUCUCCAGACGGACGCUGGCCAUGUCAUCGACGGUCGGUGUUGGUGUUGUGGCUUUGCUGAUUUGGGUGCAGCUGUGGCUUUGCUGUUUGGGCUGCACCUGCCGUCUUGCUGUUAGUUGUACAGGGUCGCGCCUCACAUGUCUCUACGCUGAUGGGGAUAAUAAAGUAAGGUUGCUGGGAGGUGUGAACGUCAUGCUACAGACUGCAUCGAAGCUUCUUGCUAAACCAAGUCAACCAAAGGUGGUGAUGAAGCAGCUGCAGGAUGUUGAGUAUUGA